CGCGGGUUCCCGCCAAGGAGCGGAGGUUUUGGCGCGGCCGCGGCUCCACGUGAGGGGACGGCGCUGGGACCGGAUCCACACCAGUACCGGUAGCGUUACCGGUACCAGCAUCGUUACCGGUACCAGCACCAUUACCGGUACCAGCACCGGUAUCAUUACCGGUACCCGCAGCCAUCAUGGCCCAGCUCCGCCUCACCGACUUCUUCACCCGCACCAAAGCGGCCUCCUCAGUCCCGGUCAAGCGCAGCCGGCUCAAGGACCCCAUUACCGGAGCCCCGGAGCCCCAUACGGAGCAGUACGGGGAUGGGGCCGUGCUCCCCCCCUCACCGCACACCCCGGCCCGCGGACGGACCCCGGCCCUGCGGGGCCUGGCGGGCAGGAAGCGGAGCCGCAGGGAGAUGGAAGCGGAGCCGGAGCACGGGGGGUCCUGCGGGAGAGCGGUGAGGAAGAGGCUGGAGCUGCACCGGGAUGCGGAACCCAUGGCGCAGACCCUCAGCCCCCCGUCUGCUCGUCCCCUGUGUCCGCCUGCACAGGACCUGGCACCAGAGCCCCCUGCCAGCACCAACUGCUCCCCCAGCCAUGGGCAGGAUGGGGCAACCGGGCGCCUGCAGCGGGAGGACAUAUCCAGGCUGCAGAGCCGCCUGCACAGGAUGAAGGAGCUGCCGCUGGGAUCCAUCCCUGCAGGGACCAGCACCGAGCUCCGGAGCCGGAUGGAGCGGGUCCGGCAGCUGGAGCUGCGGGUCCGGCAGAGGAGAGCAGGCAGUGGGGCCACAUCCGGAACGGAGCCACAUAGGGACACUGAGGAUGCGGGUCCUGUGGCUGAGGCUGGCAAGAAGACCCCUGCAUACCAGCGGUUCCAUACCCUUGCUGAGGAUGUACCCCCGGGGCUCUCACUGCCCUACAAGUACCGGGUGCUGGCAGAGAUGUUCCGCAGUGUGGACACCAUUGCAGGGAUGCUCUUCAACCGCUCCGAGACCAUCACCUUCUCCAAGGUCAAACAGGGUGUGCAGGACAUGAUGCGCAAGCAGUUUGAGGAGCGGCACUUGGGGCAGAUCAAGACGGUGUAUCCCACCUCCUACAAGCUGCGCCAGGAGAAGAACAUCCCCUCUUUUGGCAUGAAGAGGUCUGACUAUCAGCUCACACUGGAACCGGUGCUGGAGGAAGAGGAGAAGGUGAAUGGGCGCCUGCACUUAUCAGCAUCACGGCUGCUGCAGCGCAGGAAGGAAUUCAACCGCAACCUGAUGAACAUUGUCAAGCAGCACCACAAGGCAUUCCUGGCUGCUCUCAGCCCACCAAUGGUGGUGCCAGAGGAGAAGCUGAUGCGGUGGCAUCCUCGGUUCAAUGUGGAUAAGGUACCAGACAUCAUCCCUGCGGAGCUGCCACGGCCACCGCAGGAGGACAGGCUCACCACGGCCCAGGAGGUGCUGAACAGGGCUCAGGGGAUGCUGAGCCCCAAGAUGGAAAAAGCUCUUGCCAACCUGGCCUUAAGAACGGCUGAAGCUGGAGCAGGGGAACCGGUGGUUUCCAAAGCACCAGUCCCUGCCAGCACCUCCAGUGCUCUCAAAGGGGUGUCCCAGGACCUGCUCGAGAGGAUCCGUGCGAAGGAGGCACAGAAGCUGCAUGCACUGAUGACCCGGGAUGCGCAGCAGGAGCGCCGGAUCGGGAUGCUGCAGCGCCUGCCUUCCAUGGCCCGUAUCCUGCGCAACAUCUUCGUGGCCGAGAAGAAGCAGGCGCUGACCAUGGAUGUGGCUUGUGCCCGUAUGGCUGAUAGCUACGAGGAGCAGAUGGCUGCGGGGGACAUGGAGAAACACCUGCGGCUGUUGGCAGAGCUGCUGCCCCACUGGGUGGGCAUCCACACCAUCAGGACGGACACCUACAUCAAACUGGACAAAGGGCAGGACCUCAGGAUCAUCACCGAGAGCCUCACCAAGGCGGCGAAGGAGGCAGAAACCCUCUGAGCCCCACAAGGGUUGAGGCUUACCCUGUGCAAUGUCCUCUCAAUGUAGCAGAUCCCAAUGGGAUCCAAUGUGGGCUCAUCCUCAGGGAUGUCUGAGAACAAAGCGCCUUAAUUCCUCUGCCAGGGUCCAUGAGGACUGUAGCUCUAACCCUCAAGCUGAAGGGGGACAGUCCUGCAGCCUGGGUGACGAUGCAAGUGGUGGAGAGGAGCUGUAGUAACCUCAUCUCUGUUGUAUUACCCUGAAGGUUUGAUACAGGUUUCUUCCAUUAACGGGGCUCUGUUGGGGUGGAGACAGGGUUGAGAGGGUGACGAGUCAGGAAAGGAGUGAGAGAAGAAGUCACAAAUGGAUGUUUUUGGAGCUCUGGGCCUUGUUCUGUUUUAAAACUCAUCCCCAGCACUCGCUGGAAACAACUACAGGAGUUGUCAAAACACAUUUGUAUUAAAUGUUUUAAAUAGAGCUGACUUGCGUUA